GGGGAUUGGGGUUUAAUUGGGGAUUUUUUUAAGGUUUUGUGGUAUAGUAGAUGGGGUGAGUGAUCUGUGGGGGUGUAAUAUAGGUGUAGGUGAGGUAUUAUAAUGGAUAAAAUGAGGAAGUUCAAGUAUAAGUGGUUUUAUACGAUUGAUCAUAAAGGGUUACUGUAUUUGGAGGAAAUUGAACCUAAAUAAUUACACAAGUUGUCUGAAGCAGAUAAAGGCGCUUAACUUCUUUUUUACACAUCUGCAAGAGAAUGAUCUUGGGAUUGAGAAGGAGUAUGGAUAUAUAUCUCCGUGCUGGACAGAGAUGAACUUUGUCAAGCCGUAUAAAUAUCCUAUAGUGUUUAAUAAUUUUUCUAAAAGAGAGGAUGGAACUUAUGAGAUGAGAUACGCAGGAGAUUUAAAGCAAGUAUUUGACCCUUCAAAGCUUAUAAUGGAUGAAGGCGGUCACUUCCUUCACCCACUUGAUAAUCAUAAGUACUUAAAAUACGGAUCAUUUGAGUCAAAUAUCUCAGUAAGUUUCUGAGAAACCGUCACUGAGGAAGAAGGAGAGAUGUACAUAGAAUGGGAAGGUCAAAAGCACAAGUUGUACGAAGAAGCGACUCCUGAUAUUAUUAAAAGACGAAAUGAUGCCAUUGUCUAAGAUACCAGAUGUUUCAAUAUCU